AUGACCGGGUUUCAAGCUGCAGCUAACAACGGCGCUGCGAUACGGUUUGAUAGCAACAGCUUAGAACCUUGGCGUUACCGACGGCUCGGACGAACAAAUUUAAAAGGAGAUUCGCAGACUCGUGUAGAUCGGAUUUGUCACAAGCUUCUAGGCGUGGAGCCUUUGCAAACAUUCAAUGGGAAUCACAAAAAGGUCAUAGCUGACUGGAAUUUGCUCAAGAGCAAGACCGAUAUGCCGAACCUUGACUCGAGCUCUGAUCCUCGCAUUAUCGAAUCAUUUAAAGUGAUUGACCUUGUACUCAGUGGGAAGGAAGGCUCGACUCUAUUGCGUCGCUUGGCCUACGUCCGCUUGAUGGAUCUCUUCUCUUUUGUCGAAGGAGUGGUUAGGAAGGAAAGGCAGUCCAGGCGUGUGAUUCGGGAGCGAUACUAUCGUGACGCCAGCAUUGCUCUUGACAUCUAUAUGAGCGCCCAGGAAGACACAUCAAAUCCUGAUCGUGUCCGCAAGCAGCUUCUCGAACGGAAACGAAUAGGCAGAAGCUGGAAAGAGGUAUCCAGAAAAUCUCCGCUGCUGGUUCUCAUGUAUUCAGAGGCGGCAGAAUCAGUUCUGUAA